AUGGCAGGAUUUCGUUUAAUUGAUGUGGUAAAACCAUUUUUGCCACUUUUACCAGAGGUUGAAAUUCCAUAUGAAAAAGUUCCCUUUGACGAUAAAAUCGUCUAUACCAUUAUAGCUGCAUUGAUCUAUAUCUUUGGACAAGUGCCACUAGCGGGUGUUUCGAAGGAUGAAAGUACAGUUAAGGACCCAAUCUACUUCUUGCGUGGUGUAUUUGCAGCUGAACCCAAGACCCUAAUGGAGUUUGGUAUUUUCCCACUCAUCUGUAGUGGGUUAAUAAUGCAAUUAUCUGCCGCACUACGUUUAAUCAAAGUCAAUUUCAAACUACAACAUGAUAGAGAAUUGUUCCAAAGUUUGACCAAAAUGUUUGCCCUUUUGCAAUAUUUCGUUUUGACAAACAUCUUCAUUGUAUCUGGUUACUACGGUGAAAAUUUAACGAUUGUUCAAAUCGGAUUACUCAAUGUACAAUUGGUUGGUGCAGGUCUUGUUGCCAUUCUAUUGUCGGAAAUUAUCGACAAGGGCUUUGGAUUUGCCUCUGGUAAUAUGACAAUCGAAACAGUUGUGAUUGCUACUAAUUUGGUUUCUGAUACUCUGGGUAUUGCCCAAAUUAAAGUUGACGAAGAGGGAAACACCGAGGCUCGCGGUUCUCUAAUCAACCUGUUCCAAGGUUUAAGAAGUUCCAACAAGACCUUUUUGGGUGGUAUUAUCAGUUCAUUUAACAGAGAUUACUUGCCCAAUUUGAACACAACUUUUGUUGUCCUAGCCAUUGGUGCAGCUAUCUGUUACCUACAGUGCCUACGUGUGGAAUUACCAAUUAGAUCUACCAAAGCAAGAGGUCUCAACAAUGUCUAUCCAAUUCGUCUUCUGCACACUGGUGCUUUGCCAGUAGUGUUUGGUUACGUUUUAUUGACGAUUAUCCAUCUAAUUGCGUUCGUUCUUAUUCAAUGUAUUGCCAGGAACGAUCCUUCGAGCAUCAUUUGUAAAAUCUUUGGUCAUUACGAAAGUGUUAACAAUUUGUUGUAUGCUCCAACUUUCCCACUAUCUCUAUUGACUCCACCAAGGUCUUUUGCAAAUGGAUUAUUGAGUCAACCAUUGACAUUCGUCGUUUUCUCAGCAUUCAUGUUGUUCAAUGCAAUUUGGUUUGCAUCUAAGUGGCAAGCAAUUUCUGGGUCUUCUGCUCGUGAUUUGGCCGUCCAAUUCAAGGAACAAGGUAUCACCCUAGUGGGCCACAGAGAACAAAGUGUUGCAAGAGAAUUAGGCAAAGUUGUCCCAGUUGCUUCCACUACAGGUGCAGCUAUCCUUACAGUGGCAAGUGUAGGUGGUGAAUUCUUGGGUCUGAAGGGUAAGGCUGCUGCCAUGGUGAUUGGUGUCACCUCAGCAUUCUCCCUAUUAGAGAUCAUCUCUGUCGACUACCAACAAAGUGGUGGCCAAAGUGCAUUGGCCCAGGUCUUGGGAGCUCCUGGACGUUUUUAA